AUGCGAUGGAAGAAGCAAUGCAUAUACAUUGUUCCAGCCAUCCUUGCCGGCUGCAACCAGGAUGCCUACAUCCCACAUCGUGUCUCCCUCGGCCCCUUCCAUCAUCCCUUCAAGGAUAGCAAUGCCCACCUAAAACCCAUGGAAGAGCACAAGCAACGGGCACUCAUCCACUUCCUCCGCCACUCAAGGUGCCCUAUCAAUGACUAUCUCGACGCUCUGCAAGCUGUGGAGAAAGACCUCAUAGACUGUUACAGUGUGCCGUUCACGAGCAUCACCUCUGAUGAAUUCCUUCUGAUGCUGCUGCGAGAAGGUUGCUUCCUUCUUGAGAUCCAUCGAACAACAAUCGAAGGGAAUUUCACCGGUUACGUGCACGAUGACGCCAUAUUUGGGUACCACAGAGCUACCCACGUGCUGCCAUUUGUACGCAGAGAUAUGUUGGUGCUCCAUAACCAGAUACCCUUGCUGGUGUUGCGUAGGCUCUUGGACUCGGCCUUUAUAUCCUGUUGCACUAGGCUGAAUAGGAUGGUGCUCGACUUCUUUCAGAUGAAGGAUUUAGCAGGGGCUGAUAGCUUAGGUGUGCACAUGCUCGAUGCGUAUAGGCGGUGCCUAGUGCGGGCACCGACUUCGGCUUUGGCACAAAGGGAGGCGAGUGCGGCUACUGGGGGGCUAGCUGUGAGGUCUGCUGCAACAUUGCAUGAUGCGAGGGUGAACUUCAGGCCGAGCACAACAAAGGGGUUGAUGGAUGUACAUUUCACCGACGGGGUGCUGUACCUGCCGCACUUAAUCAUCGACGACACAACGGAAUCCAAGUUCUUGAAUCUGCUGGCUUUCGAGAGUCUUCACGUGGGGGCGGGGUGCGAGGUCUCGUCGUACGUGUGGUUCAUGGACAACCUCAUAGACACUGCUAAGGACGUGGACGUUUUGCGCUUCUCGAGCAUCAUUGAGAAUGCAAUGGGAAGUGAUGCAGAGGUGGCAGAUCUCUUCAACAGACUCUCAAAGGAGUUGACAAUGGAUUCGGAUGGACGAUUCGCAACGGUGCAGAAGCAGCUGAGACAACGCUACGAGAAGCUGUGGAACCGAAUCUCGGUUCAGUUCCAUCAAAGCUACCUCAGUGAUCCUUGGAAGUUUAUUGGGUUGGUUGCAGCGGAAUACGACCUCCUCAAUAUGAUGAUGUUCGAGCAAUGUAAGUUCGGAUCGGAGAGUCACAUCAUGGCGUAUGUGAAUUUGGAGGACUUGAUAGACACAGAAUAUGUGAAUUUGGAGGACUUGAUAGACCCAGCCAAGGAAUCCUUUGCCGCUUGUAUCUUCAGGAAUGAUAGAGAAUAG